AAAAAAAUGGCAACGUUGUGAGGCAAACUAAUGGAGAAUGGCAAUGUUAUUUGGGGUGUUAUUUUGAUCAUUAGAGAUCCUUUUUCAAGUUUCUCCCGCUGAGUUCCGUCUGCUUUGGAGCGAACAUGUUGGGAAAAGAAGCCGAUGAGGGGAAGCAGAGUGCCGGGGAGAAAGGCUUCAGGACGCCUGGGCUGAGAGGAGCACAGACCACCACACUGUUCCGUGCUGUCAAUCCUGAACUCUUCAUAAAACCAAAUAAACCAGUGAUGGUGUUUGGGCUGGUGGCCAUCACCUUAAGCGUGGGUUACCUGGGCUAUCUGCACGCUAUGAAGGAAAACGACCAGCAGCUUUAUGAAGCCAUAGACAGUGAAGGAGAGAGAUACAUGAAGAGGAAGACUUCCAAAUGGGACUGAUGGGGAUCCAUGCUGCACUGCACCAAACAGGCAGUUUAUUGGUGCUUCAACAGGACAAUCAAGAACACAUGCAUGCAAAUUGUAUCAUAUCUUCUGUGGCUGAUGAAAGCAUAAUAAAUGUGGAAAAUACAAAAUAUUUUUCAAAGUAUUAAAGGAAGAAGAAACAUACAAUUGA